AUGCCCCCAACAAAUUUAAGUAGCGGUGGAAGUCGCACGAAAUCAUUUCAUGAACUGCUAUGCUCUCCCUCUUUGGUGGGUGGGCUUCAACAACAACUAUCAAUUUGCUUCGUAGCGGUUGACAUUCUCCUCUCCAUUACAGCAUUUUUUGGAAAUUCUCUCAUCCUUGCUUCCCUUUGCAAAGAAUCUUCCCUACAUCCGCCGUCCAAACUCCUGUAUCGUUGUCUGGCAACCACUGAUCUGUUGGUUGGUCUUAUUACCCAGCCUCACAUGGCUCUACAUUGGAUGUCCGCGUCUCAAGAACACUGGAGCCUUUGUCGAUACGCAAGGGACGCAGUCGACAUCACAGGCUAUGUAUUUAUUUUAGUGUCUUUGAUGACGAUGACAGCCAUAAGCGUGGACAGACUUCUCGCCCUGUUGUUGGGACUGAGAUACAAACAAAUUGUAACUUUGAAGCGCAUGUAUAUUAUUGUAACUACCUUUUGGGUUUUUAACCUUGUGGCCUCUUAA